ACCAACCGCAGGCACAUACGUCGUAUCAGCUAUCAGCGUCCCGUACCAAUCUCCAUCUCUCAGAGACUUUUCUUGAACUUUGGUUUCAUUUUCAUGAUGAUAAUACUCGUUUGUAAUUUUUGUAACAUUUCCAGUAGCCCAUUCUAACUGUCAUCUCGCACAUUUCGAUACGUUUCAAUUUCCAGUGUCGCAAUGGGGGGCUCGAUCAGCACAGGAGCAAAUAACGAUGAACUGGUGGAUAAUUUGCUAGAGGUGGGCAGGAUCAAGUCAGAACUCGUUGAAAGAAUCAGCAGGAGUGUAGACCGAGCUUUCUAUUUCUUCCCGGUAGAUGUUAAACAUGCUUAUAAGGACUUUGCCUGGAGAAGAGGAAACACACACUUAUCUGCUCCUUGCAUUUACAGUGAGGUAAUGGAGAAUUUGGACUUGGAACCAGGUCUAAGUUUCCUCAAUAUUGGAUCGGGCACUGGUUACCUAAGCACCAUGAUUGGCCUCGUUUUAGGUUCUAAUGGUGUAAAUCAUGGAAUUGAACUGCAUGAAGAUGUGAUAAAUUAUGCUCAUGAAAAAUUGGAGCUCUUCAAAACAACAUCCAACGCCCUAGAUGCCUUUGAUUUUUGUGAGCCAGUUUUUGUAAAAGGAAACAGCUUAAACCUAAAAAUAACUCGUCAAUAUGAUAGAGUCUACUGUGGAGCUGAAUGCCCCAAAAAGUAUCAACCAUUCAUCAAUGAUUUUAUCAAGGUUGGUGGAGUACUCGUAAUGCCUAUUGAAGAUACUCUCAUGAAGUACAAGAGAAUUGAUGAAACAAGAUGGGUUGCCUCCUCUGUUCUACCUGUGUCUUUUGCUCCCUUGAUUAUUCCUGAGCCAGAUGACAAAAUGGAGUCUGUGUCGUUACCCUCUGUGGAGCCUCUCUCUCUUCAAGCUUUGUGUCGAGCUGCCAUUCGCAAUACGCUAAGAAGCAAUGCCAAGAAAGAACAUCCAGAAAUUGAUAACAUGAAUCGUACUCGUCCAAAGAAGAAAUCUAAUCAAAAGUGGUCUCCACUGACGCGAGUCACUGCCUUGCCUAUUUCUGUUUCUGAUUUUGUGGGUCGUCAUGAAGCAGAAUUAAACUCUACCUUUGGCUCAGGUGAUUUUGACUGGUCCGACGAUUCUGAUGACGCCUCUUCAUCCUCAUCCCUCGAGUUCCCCCUACACGGAAAUCCUACGUGGAACCCUGAUUCCAGCGACAACAAUGAAUCCUCCAAUCACAGCAACAUAGAAGAGAACCAGAGCCAAUCAGCGGCGGAGCCAGGUAACACUAGUCCUAAGAAAUCCACAAGCAAACGUGAGUCUGCUGCCUCAAGCGAUGCAGAAAGCAAUGAUUCCGAAAGUGGUGGGCUGAAAAAACGCACAAAACGUGAUUCAGCAUCGAACAACCCGAGAGUCUUCACCUAUCUUACCUUCCAAUCUACCCCGGAGGAGUCUAGCUCGUCCAGCUUCAGUUUCACCGUGACCGCUAACGAAGAGACAGGCCCGGCACCAACUGAAAACUCACGCGAACCAACUAAUAAUCACGAACCUACCGGUGACGUCACAAGCUCCCAUGAAUCUAGUUUUUCCUCUGCUACCAGCAACGAAAUGGAAGUGGAUGAGCACAUUUUGAUUAGCCGUAGAAUUGUAUUGAACGAUUCGAUUUCUAGCUCUUCUGAUUCUGAGCCGGACGAUGAAGAUGAUACGAAAAGAACCAAAACUCAAGAAAAGAAUGAGAGCGGUGCUGAAGCGGAGGGGGAAGAUGCAGCUUCCAAGUCUACUCCUGCCGUAACAUAUUCAACGGUCAUGAAAGCCAAAGUGAAAGCACUCCCAUUGCCUCAUGCUUUGAAGUGCUAUUUGAAUUACUACCGAGAAUUUUAAGUUUCCCAACUGUUCUCUCAGAUGAAUCCUGUUUUAUGGUGGUGGGUGCUCAACCACAAAUACUUUAUGAUGAAGUUUUAUGUGUGUCUCCAGUUGCUGUACUUUUUUCUUCAUGCAAGAUGGUUCCACUGAUUAAUACGCCCAUUACUAAUUUGGAAAGGACAGUCAUGGUCUGUUAAAUCUGGUUUCAAAAGUUAAAUCUCAAUAAUAAGUAGGAAACAAUGUGAUCUGUUUAAAUGAUACUCGGUUACAUCCAUCCAUCAUAGAGGUAUGGCUCUUUGAAAAACACUGUGGAUGAUGUCUCUUAUUGCCAUGGUGCAUACCAUGUUGCCUCUGUUUUUAUUUAUCAAUCAGUGAUUUAAUAAUAUUUUAUCAAAAGUGGGACAGAAGUGGAAUAAACCAUGGAAUACACCAAUGAUGAGAGGUGUAUUAAUUAAAGCACUAGCCUUCCUCCCUCAGGUGUUAUAAAACAAAGUUGAUUUUGUGCAAUUUGAGUUUAAACCAUGGUGUUGUCUCUGUCCGAUGGUGCUGUGAAGUUAAUUUUUUUCCAUUCAUAAGAUUUUGGGAUGGACAGUAAAAAUUAGAAUGGGACAGCCCUAGAUGGUAACCAAAGUAAUUCUUGAACGUUGGUGAUACCUACAUAAUCAUUUUCUUAAAUAAAUGCUGCCCUUGUUCGUUUUGUCAAGAUGAGAGCAAGAGAACAUUCUCAGGAGACUGCAAUAAUUAUUACUGAAGAUUCUUUUUCACUUUUCCAUCUUUAUAUUGAAGACAGAAGAAAAUACACGUAAUGUUGAGCUAUUGCAAUUUGUGUCAGUUGUUGCCAUGAAAGGGUGGAAAUUUUGUCACCUGCACAAAGUUUUUUUUAGGAAAACUCUUGUAUCUUUAAGUGUUCAGUUUCCAAGAGCAGCUUUUUCUUCAGCAGCUUCAUUCUCUUUCUGUCACUUUAUCAAUGAGCUUAUUUGACUCCAAAGGAUAACAAACCGAACCAACUUAACAGACUACCCAUCUCGUAAAUUACAAUGCUUGUUAACUCUCCCGGCAACGUUCUUUUUAGUCUCGUUCGCGUCAAUAAUACUUGGUUUAUUUUUUCUAAUUCAAAUUGAACUGUCACUGCUCUGUUUCUCUAGUAUAAGAACGUACUAAUUUUCUUUUUUUCUUAACUCUCUCAAUUGCAAUGGAAAAAAAUCAUGCUCCUCUUGCAGAAUAACUCGUUUGCUUGUUUUCCUGUUGCUCUUCCUUUCAAUUCUUUCUUUUAAACAAGGGCUAGGUAGUGUGGCUGCUUCCAUCAAAAAGAGCAGCAGGCUGAUAAUUGAAGAUGAUAGACAAAGAUAUAUAGGUAUGUAACAAAAACGGGAGAAAAAAUGUAGCGAUAUCAUGGGUUGAAGCAGAUAAUUGCGACGGACUGAGGAGGUAAAUAAUAGACUAACUGACUUCAACCUACGAGAGACCUUAUAGUUAGUCCAUUAUUUUCCACCCUUACUUCACAACAACCACCCAUUUUUCCCAAUAAGAUUGCUCCAUUUUCCCUUUGUCUUCCUUGUCUAUAGCUUUGUCUAUCAAUUUUGAUAAUAGACCAACUGAAGAUUUUAAUUUGAGCCAAUCAGAGUGACAUUGAGGAGAUGUAUCACUCAAGAAAUGAAAUCUCCAAUGUUAUAGCUAACUUCUACGAAUACAGCAGAUCGGGCUAAACUUUAGGUUGUAUGGCAGUAUGGUCCUUACAUGAUUCCACCAUUUUAGUAAAUCAUGUACAUCUUGCAAUAGAAUCCAAGUUUCUUUGAUUUUCUUAUGAUUUCUUGCUAUCUCUGUUUGCAUCACCAGGAGAGAUGUCAAAACUGGCCCAAAUCUUUCUCAAUGAGUUUCUCUUUUAACCUUAUCUCCAGUUUGUAAAUUUUUGUAAUUAUGUGUCAGACACUAGAUUUUUAUUUUUGUACAGUUUAAAAUUUUAUACCUAGUUCCAUCUAUCUGACUGUUGGGUUACAAGCUAGCCUACAGUAGUUAGGUAAAUAAUCGCCAGCAUGUUCUCAGCUCAUGUGACCAGAGAACUUUUGAAACUGUGGCACGGAAGAAUAUGCAUUUAUUGUCCUCAGUUUUAUUCUAAUAGAUCUUUUGUUUUAAGAGUUUUCUUUAUUGUUUUUUGUUUCCGUUGAAGUGUUUAUUUUGGGGGAGGGGGGUGCAUCUGCUAUGAAUAUGCGCAUUCAACAUGUGUUGACAGUCAAAUAUGUAGUACAGGCAAUGUGUAAAAUUAAUAGAUAGCUUAACUCAGAAAAAACACAUCUAGAUCUCAACGUUACAAAGUUUCAACUCCUGUUAUGUGUUUUAUAAGGGACAUGAGCAAAAAAAAAAUUUCCCAAAAAUUUUGUAGAGUUUACUUUGAGCAAAGAAGAAAAGAGACACAAGUUUCCAAGAAAUUAAGCUCAUUGGUCUGCUGAUUGAGAGAUGAAGUACGGUAGGAAGAGGUAUGCAUUUUUCUUGUUAAGCUAUCAACAUAUUGCCUUUUAUGUAAAAAACAUGUAUGUUCCCUGCUCAAGGCAUUGCACAUUCAUUGUUUUUACUUACGAGGCUUCAUAUUCUCUUUGAUAUUUCUAAAAUUAAAUCACCAGGGGCACGCCAACCUUAUUAUUUCUUUCCACCAUGAAAAAGUUCAUAUCAUGUAUUUAAUGUACAGUACGGUGUUCAUUGGCCAGGUAUUCUUGUUUUGUUGAUAAGUUGUGAAUAUUUCUGUUGAAAUUCCAUUCUAUUGGUGCCCCUGGUAAAAUAUGCAAGGACUCCAGUUCCUGAAUCAUUAAGUUUUUCCUUUGUUUUUAAGUUUAAGACUGUAAACAGCUCAUGUGAUGUUAAGUUGUAGCUUGAACUGGAUGAAAAUAAGUGUAAUAAGAAUAUAUAAGAUAAAGCCGUGAUUAUUUCUCAGCAUUCUA